AUGCUUCUGCCGCAAGCGCCGGUCUCUUUUGUCACAGCAGAACGAGUCUCGGAAAGUUGGCUUCUCAUCUUCGUAGAAGGCCUCGAAGCCCCUUCCAGAGCGGAGAUUGUCAGGGUUGUUACCAGUCGCGGUGCCGCGGAACAGCCCACCCUUGGACCAGAUAAAAUGAUAAUAGACCUCACAGAUCCAAAUCGCCCCCGGUUCACAUUACAGGAGCUGCGAGAAGUAUUGCAAGAGCGUAACCAGCUGAAAGCUCAGCUUCUUGUGGUGCAAGAGGAGCUACAGUGCUAUAAGAGUGGGAUCAUCUCACAAGGAAGGGACCAAACUGAAGAACUGGAAAAAGCCACCAGUGGCAGCAGCCCUGGCACAGGCAAGGACAGCGAAGAGAAGACAAUCAUCAGACGGCUGUUCUCUUUUAAACAUGGAAAAUGA